AUGGAGGCGAAGUGUGCACUUCAGUUGGGCAUCGCACAGCUGCACAGCUCGGCAGUGGCCUACGACGCGCAGACUCGCGGCUAUAGAGUGGCUCAUGCGAGUUUCAGUCGUGUUCAAGUGAUGGGGGUGCUCGUGAAGCGGGCUGACACGCAGCUGAAGCUUGACGACGGAACGGGCUUGCUGGAUGUGAAGAUGCUGCCAAGUGGAAACACAACUGAGAGCCAGGAACUGCAGCUUGGGGCAUUGGUGGAGUGCACGGGGACCAUCGAGGAACCAUGGCCGCCUUCGGAUAUGACGCGCAGUCGACGCUGGAUCAAUGCAACGCACGUUCACGAAGUGCACGACCGCAACACGGAGACGCUCAGGAUGCUUGAGAUUAUGCAUCUAUACAAAAACGACUACGCGGUUCAUCAUUCUUCUCCGCCUGCUGCACUUGAGCUGCUUGCGUUCCCAUCGCUUGGCAACAGCAAUGAAGCGGCCAGCUCCAAUACAAGUGCUGCUAAUGGUCAUCAACGUACAAAUGGCCAAGAACCAAAUCAGUUUGGCGCCGCGACUCUAAUCGAGAAACCGUGGGAGCAGAGCAAUGUCGGCGCUUUUCAUCAGGAAGCCACUCUACCCCCUGCGGACUAUCAGUUCGCACUCCCCGAGAAAGACCAGGCAUUGAUCGAGCAAGGAGCGAAAUCGCUUGAGAUUCGGUUAAACGUCACCCCUUACUCCAUCAUUCGUGCGAAUGACCGGAUUACCAUUAACGGGAAAACAUUGACUGCCGUCGUGGCGGUUCGCAAGUACUCGCGACUGCAAUCCGUGCUGGAAGCAGAAAAUGUGAACGCGCUACUGCCGCAAAGCUCCUUCGUAGGAGCCGGUACUUUCAAUGCAGCGGCUGCGGCGGAGCGCCAUUAUCGCCAUUUCUUCAGCAAGGAAGAGGAGGAGCAGUACGGUCUCGUCGUGUUUCAACUGGCGGUGCCCAUGUCAGCUUCAUCUGCACCCAAGUCACAGGAAGAAUGGAGCGGAAUGAUUCUGCAGCAGUUGCAGGCAAAGAGUGAUACCGGCUGCUCAGUUGCAGACCUUCGUUUUGCCUUUCCUAGCUUGCCGGUCGAUCAGAUCAUGGAAAUCCUUGCAAAUCUCCAGUUCGAUGCUUUGGUCGUUUAUAUGAACGAUAAGUACCGUUUGGUUUAA